GCAGACCAGGAGCUCCGAAAUGUCAUCGACAAGCUGGCGCAGUUCGUGGCUCGCAACGGGCCCGAGUUUGAGAAGAUGACGAUGGAGAAACAGAAGGACAACCCGAAGUUCUCGUUCCUGUUCGGGGGCGAGUUCUACAGUUACUACAAGUGCAAGCUGGCGCUGGAGCAGCAGCAGCUGAUUUGCAAGCAGCAGGCACCUGAGCUGGAGCCCCCUGCCGCCCUUCCUCCCUUGGCGCAGCCCCCACUGGCACCCGCAGCACCCGUGCCUCCGGCCCAGGGCACCCCGUCGGUGGACGAGCUCAUCCAGCAGAGCCAGUGGAACCUGCAACAGCAGGAGCAGCACCUGCUGGCCCUCAGACAGGAGCAAGUGACAGCAGCCGUGGCCCACGCCGUGGAGCAGCAGAUGCAGAAGUUGCUGGAGGAGACGCAGCUAGACGUGAACGAGUUCGACAGCCUGCUGCAGCCCAUCAUCGACACGUGCACCAAGGAUGCCAUCUCGGCUGGAAAGAACUGGAUGUUCAGCAACGCCAAGUCCCCGCCACACUGCGAGCUGAUGGCGGGCCACCUCCGGAACCGCAUCACGGCCGAGGGCGCACACUUCGAGCUGCGUCUGCACCUCAUCUACCUGAUCAAUGAUGUGCUGCACCACUGCCAGCGCAAGCAGGCGCGGGAGCUGCUGGCUGCCCUGCAGAAGGUGGUGGUGCCCAUCUACUGCACCAGCUUCCUGGCUGUGGAGGAGGACAAGCAGCAGAAGAUCGCCCGGCUCCUGCAGCUCUGGGAGAAGAACGGCUACUUCGAUGACUCCAUCAUUCAGCAGCUGCAGAGCCCGGCCCUGGGCCUUGGCCAAUACCAGGCCACCCUGAUCAGCGAGUACUCAUCGGUGGUGCAGCCCGUGCAGCUGGCCUUCCAGCAGCAGAUCCAGACGCUGAAGACGCAGCACGAGGAGUUCGUCAGCAGCCUGGCGCAGCAGCAGCAGCAGCAGCAACAGCAGCAGCAGCAGCAGCCACAGGUCCAGAUGCCCCAGCUGGAGGCCGAGGUCAAGGCCACUCCACCCCCGCCUGCACCAGGUUGGUACAGGGGUGCGGGACUCUCCGGCCGCCAGGCUCUGACUGCCUCUCCCUGGGCAGAUGACAGCAAGCCACCCAUCCAGAUGCCCGGCUCCUCCGAGUACGACUCUGCAGCGGGUGUCCAGGAUCCCUCGGCCGCCGGCCCCCGGGGCCCUGGGCCCCACGACCAGAUCCCGCCCAACAAGCCCCCCUGGUUUGACCAGCCUCACCCGGUCGCCCCCUGGGGCCAGCAACAGGUACUUCAGGGCUGGCCUGCGCCCCCCGGGUGUGUGAAGGCCCCGUGCUCCACCCAGGACACCGAUGCCUGGUGGUGGCGGCAGGGNNNCCCCGGCUGGAACGGCCAGCGUGACGCCCCCGGGAACAGCCAGCCCGACCCCACCUGGAACAGCCAGUUCGAGGGCCCCUGGAACAGCCAGCACGAGCAGCCACCCUGGGGUGCCGGGCAGCGAGAGCCGCCCUUCCGCAUGCAGCGGCCGCCGCACUUCCGGGGGCCCUUCCCACCCCACCAGCAGCACCCGCAGUUCAACCAGCCGCCGCACCCCCACAACUUCAACCGCUUCCCGCCCCGCUUCAUGCAGGACGACUUCCCCCCACGGCACCCCUUUGAGCGGCCGCCCUACCCACACCGCUUCGACUACCCGCAGGGGGACUUCCCGGCUGGUGAGUUUCCAGCCUGCCCUUACCACCACCCCGGCCACCGCAUGCCUCACCCCGGGAUCAACGAGCACCCACCCUGGGCCGGGCCCCAGCACCCUGACUUUGGCCCGCCCCCCCAUGGCUUCAAUGGGCAGCCGCCCCACAUGCGGCGCCAGGGCCCACCGCACAUCAACCACGAUGACCCCAGCCUGGUGCCCAACGUGCCCUACUUCGACCUCCCCGCUGGGCUCAUGGCCCCACUUGUGAAGCUGGAAGACCAUGAGUACAAGCCCCUGGACCCCAAGGAUUCAUGUAACCAUAGAAGAUGGAGUUUGGUGAUUUUGAAGAACAAUUUUUUCUACAGCCCACCCUCCCACGACAGGCCCCGGAACAGUGAAGGCUGGGAGCAGAAUGGGCUCUACGAGUUCUUCCGGGCCAAGAUGCGCGCUCGGCGGCGGAAAGGCCAGGAGAAGAGGAACAGCGGGCCCUCCAGGUCCCGGAGCAGGUCCAAGAGCCGCGGCCGCUCCUCAUCCCGCUCCAACUCGCGCUCCUCCAAGUCCUCCGGCUCCUACUCGCGCUCCCGGUCGCGCUCCUGCUCCCGCUCCUACUCCCGCUCCAGGUCCAGGAGUCGCAGCAGGUCCCGCUCCUCCCGGAGCCACUCCCGCUCCCGCUCGAGGUCCCGGUCCAAGUCCUACUCCCCAGGAAGGCGGCGCCGCUCUCGGUCCCGGAGCCCCACACCACCGUCCUCGGCGGGUCUGGGUGCGAAUUCAGCGCCGCCCAUACCCGACUCUCGUCUGGGAGAAGAGAACAAGGGGCACCAGAUGCUGGUGAAGAUGGGCUGGAGCGGCUCCGGUGGCCUGGGCGCAAAGGAGCAGGGCAUCCAGGACCCCAUCAAGGGCGGCGACGUGCGCGACAAGUGGGACCAGUACAAAGGCGUGGGCGUGGCGCUGGACGACCCCUACGAGAACUACCGGCGCAACAAGAGCUACUCGUUCAUCGCGCGCAUGAAGGCCCGCGAUGCCCGCAAGGAGGAGAGGGAGGACUAGGACAGGCCCCCCGCCGUGCCCUCGCCCCUGCAGCGUCCGUGUUGCUGUAGCCUGGACACCCGCCCCCGAGGCCCCAGAGAGGGUGAGGGCGGCGCGCUGCGGGACCCCCACACCAGUGCGCGUGCGGCUGUGGCCACGUGGGUCAUAAACUUGGGAAGUUCUUCCCUCUGGGCGCGGCGCUCCCUGCAAGCACCCUGUAGAAUGUCCCACUUGUAGAUCUCCGUAGCCGUGACUCGUUCGGGCAUGUCCGAUACACGACAAAACGCGUUCUGUUAACAUUUUCUGGUGA